CAGUUAUUGCCUCUUGCUUCGUAGUCUGAUGAAAAGGACACAAUGGGGAUCUAGUCGUGGUAUGAGCUCUUUCCUCAUUAUAAACGCCUGCCUCUGUACAUCGUUUACACUUCUUUGCGCCAUCACCAGCUACAACUUUAGAUUUAUUUUGAAGUCUUCCCGCUUGCUUCUCCAUUUUUUUCUCAAAAAGUUCUUGGUAUUUUCUGUUUCUGCUUUGCCUUCUUCUUUUAACUGGUGUACUCGGACCAGGAUCUUCAGCAUAUUCUAACAAAAAA